AUGUCACAGUAUUUACGUAUUUACCCUUUCAUAGUUGAAGUGUCGUGUUGUGCUGUAUAAAUCGGUGAUCAUAGGUCAAUUAGGUAAUAAUAUAACCACCGACCGGUUUAUUAGAAGUGCGUACAUAACGACGUGUUAGUAGGUGUUUGCAUUUCACUGCAUUCCUAUAGUCAUGGCAGAAAUUCAAGUAUGUUCAACCAAGGGCACUACAUACUGCAAAAUAAAGCCAGGAAACAAUUGGACUGUGCUGGAUUUGAAAAAUGCUAUUGCUAAAGAAGCCCACAUUAAUGUAAACAGGCAAUCAAUAAGAGAUGAAGUCAAGGGAAAAGAUAUAAGUAACAGUAGCACUUUGCCAUCAUGCAGCAAACUGUACUUGAAAGAUUUGGGUCCACAGAUCUCCUGGACUGGUGUAUUUAUUGCUGAAUAUUUUGGUCCAUUAGUUGUGUAUUCAAUCUUUGCAAUUAGACCUCAGCUUAUUUAUGGACAUGAGGUUUCAGAAAUGUCAACUGGUGCCUUCUUAGCAUUGCUCUGUUGGAGUAUGCAUUACAUUAAGAGACUGCUUGAAACCAUUUUUAUUCACAGGUUUUCUCAUGGUACUAUGCCAUUGAGUAACCUGUUCAAAAACUGCAGUUACUACUGGGGAUUUGCUGCAUUUGUAGCAUACCAUGUUAACCAUCCAAAGUUCACCCAACCCAUUUAUCCACAGAUGUUUGUUGGUCUUCUGAUCUUUGGUUUCAGUGAGCUUGGAAACUUAAGUAUUCACAUAUUAUUGAGGAAUUUGCGUCCGGCCGGCACCACGACUCGCAAGAUACCAGUACCAGAUGGCAAUCCUCUAACACGUUUGUUCAAUUUAGUCUCAUGCCCAAAUUACACGUAUGAGUACACGGCAUGGUUAGGAUUCUCGAUCAUGACUAGCUGUAUUCCAUCCUUCCUGUUCGCUUUUGCCGGAAUGUUCCAAAUGACCAUCUGGGCUUUGGGCAAGCACAGGAACUACAAGAAGGAGUUCCCCAACUACCCCAAGCAACGCAAGGCCAUCAUUCCGUUCAUCUUAUAAAAGUUAUACAUUUAUAUUUAAUGUUGUGGUAAUGUGGAUUUUCAUUUGAAGUGUAAUAAUAAAGUUUUUAGUUAUGUUUUUAUAAUAUUCUUUGUAUGUCUAUGUAAUAGAAUUGUGUACAAAUUUUGCGCGGGUAAUAAAAGUUCUCGAUUUUGUUUUA